AUGGGUCCCAUAAAAUAGUUAUAAGCUUUUGUAUGUGCCUAGACAUUUUGGCCAUAGUUCAUGAUUAGAUGGUUUUAGGCUGAAAAAGGUCCUUUUACCAUCUUCUUUUAUUGUCCUUUAGCAAAAUGGGGAAUAUCAAUCGCUAAUAUUAAUGACAUGAUGAAAAAGCCUGUUGACUCAAUAAACCCGGUUUAAUAAUCAGUUAUUACAUUGACAGGAACCCUUAUUGCUAGAUGGUGCUGGGUUUUAUCACCAAGAUAAUAUAUGUUAAUGAUAUGCAACUCGGUGAUGGCAUGUACAGGAAUCAUUCAAUUAUGGAGAAAACAUUAAGCUGGUCUCUUAUUUUGAAAUAUUUUAUGCAUGUUUCGAAUAUAUAAAUUAUCAAUCAAUCGUU